CGUCUAAAUAAUUCCCAGAUGCGCCCCGUUCUCUUUGAUAUGUAGCCGACGUGACGUCCUCUUCUCUUUCUCCCUCUCUCUGUUGUUUCUGAGUGGCUGCUACCAUGGCGCUUGCUCCAUCUCCUUCCUCCUUUCUGAACCCUAACCCUAGUGCCAACCCUAAUCGUCUCUUUUCUUCCUCACCCAUCCCCACGCUAAGCACCGGAGGGUUUGCGAAUGGACCGACUCUUGGAUGGAAUCCUCCUAGCAGAAGGUCCUGGAAGCGUCUGGAAUGCUCAGCCAGCGCGAUAGCUCCGUCGUCCUCGUCGCCGUCAGCGCUGACGGACGGCGCAGUGGCGGGGGUGGACCGCGUGGGGUCGCUGAGCCAGGUCGCCGCUGUACUCGGCUGCCAGUGGGGAGACGAGGGCAAGGGCAAGCUCGUCGACAUCCUCGCCAGAAGCUUCGACAUCGUCGCCCGUUGCCAAGGAGGAGCAAACGCGGGCCAUACAAUCUAUAAUGAUGAAGGAAAAAAGUUUGCCCUCCAUCUUGUUCCUUCAGGAAUACUUAAUAAAGAUACAAUUUGUGUAAUUGGAAAUGGAGUUGUUGUUCAUCUUCCAGGUCUUUUCAAAGAAAUUGACGAGUUAGAGUCCAGUGGAGUUUCCUGCAAGGAAAGAAUAUUGGUGUCUGAUAGGGCACAUUUGUUGUUUGACUUUCAUCAAGUUGUUGAUGGCCUUAGAGAAGAGGAGCUUGCCAAAUCUUUCAUCGGGACAACAAGGAGGGGGAUUGGGCCAUGUUAUUCAAGCAAGGCUAUUCGCCAUGGCAUAAGAGUAUGUGAUUUGAUGCAUAUGGACCUUUUUGAGGAGAAACUUCAUAUUCUUCUGUCAGAUGCUGCAUCACGAUUUAAAGGAUUCAAGUAUACAUCAGAUGUGCUUAAGGAUGAGGUUGAACGCUACAAGAAAUUUGCUUUGCGGUUAAGUCCUUUUAUUGCUGAUACUGUUCAUGUAAUGAACGAAUCAAUCGCACAGAACAAGAAGAUACUAGUUGAAGGUGGCCAAGCAACCAUGUUGGAUAUCGAUUUUGGAACUUAUCCUUUUGUGACUUCUUCUAGCCCAUCAGCAGGCGGAAUUUGCACAGGGCUGGGAAUUGCCCCAAGGCGUUUGGGUGAUCUUAUCGGAGUAGUAAAGGCCUAUACUACAAGAGUUGGUUCAGGCCCUUUUCCAACUGAGCUUUUAGGCAAUACUGGUGAUGUUCUUAGAUCCGCUGGGAUGGAAUAUGGCACAACUACUGGUCGUCCACGGCGCUGUGGCUGGCUUGAUAUUGUUGCACUGAAAUAUUGUUGUCAAAUCAAUGGAUUUUCAUCUUUGAACCUCACCAAACUAGAUGUCUUGUCUGAACUUUCUGAGGUUAAGCUUGGAGUCUCCUACAGGAAAAUUGGUGGCAAGGUGCUUGAUUCUUUCCCUGCAGACCUCAACACACUUGAACAGUUGCAGGUUGAGUAUGAAACCUUACCUGGAUGGCAGACUGAUAUAUCUUCUGCAAGAAGCUUUGAGGAAUUUCCUCCUGCUGCUCAGCAUUAUGUAACACGGAUAGAGGAGCUUGUCGGGGUGCCUAUUCAUUAUAUUGGUGUUGGACCGGGUCGUGAUGCACUUAUAUACAAAUAAUUUAUUUUGGUGCUCAAAGUAUGUUACUGAAAUAAUUUCCGCAAGCAAUUGCCAUUUCAUGGUUUUGUAACUCUUCAAGUCUUAACUGCUUAAAUUGCCUUGCAACUCCAUAGCAGGAGGUAAAUUGCUAUGGUUCUUUUGUAGCCAUACUACUUUCAACCAGGUUCUGAGCAAGUCUAAUAUUAUUCUAUUGGCUAA